GGUCCUGGUCCAAGGGCAAGGUGUGGGAACCCCUGUAGUUCUGCCGACGGCCUGCUGGACGCGCUGUUGACUGCGAAGUGCCACACAGACGCCAUCUUGAGGAGACCCCGACCGCAGCGCUCGUUGGUGGUGAUUGACAACAAUCUCAGGCGCAUCAGGAUGGGAUUACUCACUAACAAGUAAAACAGCAUCCCAUCAGUUUUGGGUUGCAGACGUUACAGGGAAAGGAGAGGGGCUGUCCGGCGAGUGUUCACCGCUCCAAGUAAGGGGGUUUUUUUGUAAAGAGAGAGGCUGCUCUGUAGCCUGAUGGCCGGCUAGCUGCUCUCUGGACUCCACCGCGGCCUGCUCGGGAGGAGGAAGGGUGGUGACGGCGCAAAAUGCUCUACCGCUGACUCCCAACAAGACAGUUAUCCUACCCAGAGACUCGCUGCGAGUUGGACGACGAGCACGAUGCACUUAUAGAUUUUUUUAAGCGUUCUUAACUUUCCGAUUUUUCGUUGUGUGUAGAGGCUCUGAACAACAGUGAGUGCCGUCUUGCGUACCCUGAAUUCCCAGCCUGAGACAUGUCAUCCAACUGCACCAGCGCAGCGCCUAUCAGCGCUAGCAAAACCAAGACGAAAAAGAAGCAUUUUAUAGGACAGAAAGUGAAAUUAUUCCGUGCAAGUGAGCCCAUUCUCAGCGUUUUAAUGUGGGGUGUCAACCAUACGGUUAACGAGUUAAGUAACGUGCCUGUACCAGUAAUGCUGAUGCCAGAUGACUUUAAAGCCUACAGUAAGAUCAAAGUGGACAACCACCUAUUUAACAAAGAAAACCUGCCUAGUCGCUUUAAGUUCAAAGAGUACUGUCCCAUGGUGUUCCGAAACCUGAGGGAGAGGUUCUGCAUCGAUGACCAGGACUACCAGAACUCUCUGACGAGGAGCGCCCCACUCAACAGCGACUCCCAGGGUCGCUUCGGCAACCGCUUCCUGUCCAGCUAUGACCACCGCUUUGUAAUCAAAACCGUGUCCAGUGAGGACAUCGCUGAGAUGCACAACAUCCUAAAGAAAUAUCACCAGUUUAUAGUGGAGUGUCAUGGCAACACGCUGCUCCCUCAGUUCCUGGGCAUGUACAGGCUAACAGUGGACGGGGUGGAGACGUACAUGGUGGUGACCCGGAAUGUAUUCAGCCAUCGUCUCACUGUACACCGCAAAUAUGACCUGAAGGGUUCUACAGUCUCAAGGGAAGCCAGCGACAAGGAAAAGGCUAAAGAACUCCCCACUUUUAAAGACAACGACUUCCUAAAUGAAGGCCAGAAACUACAGAUAGGAGAUGACAACAAGAAAUACUUUUUGGAGAAGCUAAAACGGGACGUAGAGUUCCUGGCCACCCUAAAGAUCAUGGACUACAGUCUCCUGGUGGGCAUCCAUGACGUGGAGCGGGCAGAGCAGGAGGAGAUGGACGUGGAGGGCGUGGGAGAGGAGGAGGAGUACGAGAACGACGGGAUGGGCGGAGGUGUGCUCACGGGCUCCUUCGGCACGCCUCCCGACAGCCCUGGAAACCCUCUCAACUGUGGAGGAUUCUUCGGCCCUGGAGAGUUUGACCCCUCUGUGGACGUUUACGCAAUCAAGAGCCACGACAGUGCUGUGAAGAAGGAGGUAUACUUCAUGGCUAUCAUCGACAUCCUCACGCACUAUGACGCUAAGAAAAAAGCUGCACAUGCUGCCAAAACUGUGAAACACGGGGCGGGGGCCGAGAUCUCGACGGUGAACCCAGAGCAGUACUCCAAACGAUUCUACGAGUUCAUGUCCAACAUCUUAUCAUAGACUCAUCUCCCAUCUCCCGGUCCAGCCAGUCACUUCCUGUCAUAGAUCUGUCAAAUGCCACGCACUUAUUUCUCUUCUCCCUCACCUCAGUGUAGGUCCAUCUCCCCCCUGCCUCUCUACCCCCUUAAAAACAAAACAAAAAAACCCCAAAAAAACUACCAGUAUCCUCCCACAGCCAGGACCAGUCUGGCAGGAAGGAUGCACCGAGCCUGUUACAAUGUCCCCCCACACACACACACACACACCACCUCCCUGCCUCCCUCACCCACUGCGAGGGAAAACUCGUGAGACCCCUCACUGAAUUCGGAACGAGAUCCUGAUAAUCUCCCUGUUCUUUUAAAAUUUUUCUGCCUCCCAGUCCUCCUCAGCCACCUUGUUACUCCUCACGCCAGCACGGAAACUGUCUCACUAAUGCCUUGAACGAGUGUGUCAGCUUCAGCAGUUAACAGUCCGUUAGUACAGUCUCUUCGGUUUCUGUUCAUGUCGUUGUUCUUAUGAUUUCUAUUAGACACAAACACACAUACACAGAUGUAAGCAACUCGCACAGAUGCUGAAUGGUCAGAUUGCAUGACAAACUCUUCGACAGUCGCCAUCAGGCUUCUCUCUCAGUAACAACAAAAAAAUAAAAAAGUACUGCUGACAAAUUGACAAAACGACACGGGGAUAAACACAUUAAUAUAUAAUGGUGUAUUAAGUAAAUGAAUGCAAUAUCAAAAAUGCAUGGCUGAUGUGUACAUGAGACUCCACCAGUAAGUUGAAACAUCAAACCACUGAACUUAGCAUCUGAGUGUUACGACUAAAACGACAAAAGAGGAAAAAAAAAAUUGGUGUUUGAAUGUUACGUUGCCAUAUUGUUUUUGAAUAUUUUUGAAAUUUUAACUGUCAGCUUGGUGGAGGUUGGUAUAAGAAAAAGAAAUUCACAUAAAAAGAGGAAUUCUGCAGCAAAUACUUGUUUUAUUACCAUAAGGAUCAUUUUUAUAUCUUGUUUACAUUAAUGUAGCAAUUUUGUGUUUGUAUACAGUAUUGUUUUGUUACCAACAGACAUUAGAAAAAAUGGUUACUUGAAAAUGAUUCAUUGCAUAUUAAAGGGAGUUUUAUCUUG